UGAUUUCUAAACACAGCAGUUCAAGUUAGAGAGAAAAUGGGCGGAGGGUUGACAGUUCAAAACCGAAGAGAUUUGUAGUCCUACUUUCACUUGUUAUUCGGAACAGUCGAACCAUUUUUUAAUGUUUGCCAUCAUAAUGAAAAUAAUAUCAAAGUGACGAUGCUUGCAUUUUGAGUGUCAAAAAGUGAAGGCAAACUAUCAUGCGGAAUUAUAUGGUUAAAACUUGAAGAAAGUUAUUUAGACUUCAAAAGCAGGUAAUGUGAGCCGCUGUCCCAGCCCGGAGCACUGAACCAGUCGCCACCAUGAGCUCGCUGGAGGCGGAGGCACGCGAAGACCGCGAGCGGGCGGCCAUCGUGGCCCGCUACGACCGCGGUCACGCGCCCGGCGCCGCCAUCGACGCCUGGGAGGACCCCAAGCUGGAGAUCUACCAUGUCACAGACCGAUACGGCUUCAUACACGACAGCCGCCUGCCGGACUCGCUGUCCGUUCAGGAGAAGAAGCAGCACGCCCACGAGAUGGAGCGUGUCAAAAAGUGGCUGGACAUGCUCAAGGACCCGGACUACGAGCGGCGACACGAGCAGAAGUGGGCGUCCCGCAUCUACAAGGGCAUCCCUCAGCGGGUGCGUGGCCAGGCGUGGCUGCGUUUGCUGCGCGUGGAGCAGCAGCUGCAGCGGCACCCCGGCCUCUACGACAAGCUGCGCCACGAGGCGCGCCUCUGGUCGCCGGACGCGCGACAGAUCGACCUGGAUGUGAACCGCACGUUCCGUGACCACACCAUGUUCAGGGAGCGGUACGGCAUCAAGCAGCAGGCGCUGUUCCACGUGCUCGUGGCGUACUCUUUGUACAACUCGGAGCUGGGCUACUGCCAGGGCAUGUCUCAGAUCGCCGCGCUGCUGCUCAUGUUCAUGGACGAGGAGCAAGCCUUCUGGGCGCUAUCCGUCCUAAUGACGGGCGAGCUCUACAGGAUGCACGGUCUCUUUAUCCAUGGUUUUCCGAAGCUUCUCAGGCUACAGGCACAUCAUGAUAAAAUCAUGAAGAAGUACCUGCCCAAGCUGAAGAAGCACCUUGACAAGCAUGGCAUCGACACCAGCAUCUACACACUGAAGUGGUUCUUUCAAUGUUUCCUAGACAGGGUGCCGUUUCCACUGGCGCUCCGCCUGUGGGACGCCUACCUGCUCGAGGGCGAGGUCGUGCUCACCGCCGGAGCCUACAUGAUUAUGAGGAUGCACAGGAAGACGCUGCUUCGGCUACCCAUGGAGGACAUUCUCGACUUUUUGCAGGCGCGGCUGCCGCGGGAUUUCCUCUACGACGAGGACACUGCCAUUCACGAGCUGACGCGGUGUAUGUCCGAGCUGCGGUCCGGCAAACUGGACCGCGCGGGCCAGCCGACGGACGUGGAGCUACCGCGGAGACCGCUGGGCCUGCCGCCGCGGCCCGCCCGCGCCGCCCCCGCCCCCGCCACCGCCAACGCUGUGCCGCUGGCCGACGCCGACUCAGACUCUUCGCCGACAGCGGACCAGGCGUCACCACCGCCGGCGACCCGGGUAUCCAUCCGGAGCCGGCCCUCGUCCCCGACCGCCCCGGCGACACCGGUGGGCGUUAUCCCGGCGCCGGUGCCGCCGCCGUCCCCGCCCCCGGCCUCCCCGCCGCCCCUGCUGCGCUCGGACGGCGCUAACGGAGUGGUACGCCCGGCCGACCCGCUGCCCUGGAGCACGGACGGCAUGUACCGACGGGCCGAGGCCGAGCAGCGGGCACGGCGGACCGCCGGCAGCGCGCGGCACAAGUCAGCCGAGGCCGGCGCCGGAGACGGCUGGGCGGCCUCCGUGGAGAGGCGGCGGCGCUCCGAGGGUCGGCACAGCGGCGGCGGAGACGGAGGCGAUAGGCGAGUGCGGCCGGGCACCUGGUACCGCCAGGACUCGUCCAUUUCGUACCGGUACAGUGACCCCACCACACUGGCGUGCUACCACUACCAGAGCAGCAGCAGCCGGGGCAGCGGGCCGCCGCCGGGCCGGCGCGCGCCACCGGCCUCUCCGCUCGGUACUGAGCCGCCGCGGCCGCGCGCCGCCGCCGCCUCCUCCGCCCACGUGCGUGCCCGGCUGUCUGUGUGUCUGUGUGCGUGCCGUGCCGCGCUUCCCUGCCCUGUGCCAGCCGCCGUCCGUCUGUGGCUUACCCCGAUCAGCCCGUGUGCCGCUCCGUUACAGUGGUUUGUGCUUUUACAGCUCGGAACCAGUGAGCAUGAGACUGACGGAAUUUUUGGUUGGUGGCUUUUGUUUUUUCCCAUACCCUGACCAUACGCUGUUUUGUGGAGAUCGCAGCAUGGUAGUGUUUUGUCCGUGCCUGCUCGACCUGUGAUGAUUGCCAGCUUCGGAAGUGCAUUCACUCCAUUCGUUGGUCAAUCGAGUUGCAAGAGGGUUCGCCUACAUGAUUCUUUUAGAUGGCCAGACUGCACAGUGCACAUACCUAUUUUGUUAAAUAUUCCGGUUUCGUUUGGCUUGUACGCGUGUGGUCAUUUUAUUUUGUUGUACUUGACUGCUGUUUUCUUCUCAUAGCGCGCUUAUUUUGAAUCGCUAUUCAGCCAACCUCGUCCGCUACGCACAGUACGAAUUUUACCAUGUACUUCAUCAAUCUAAACAGUUGCUUCAUUUAUUACGGUUUCAACUAUAUAACAGAAUGUGACAUGUUCUUUGUUCAGCGGCAGCGGUUGAAGCCAGCUAUAAUAAUACAGUUAGCUAACAUUCCCAAUGGAAUCCUUGCGAGUGAAUUCGACCGUUCCGGCAACAUUUUCUCUGGCGAGCAGCCAGUAAAACUCAACCCGCAUAGCUAUCUAUACAUAGAUUGUCUCACGCCUACGUGAGAUAAUGGGAAGGUCUGUUCACGUUGUGCAGUGUCUGUUCAACACUGCAGGCGCCCUGUCCCUGCAGCGCUCCCCACUCUGUGUCUCCGCCCUGACUCUCUCCCGGUGUCCCACAGGCGCGGCUCAUGCGCGUCACGCCGGUGUAGACCCGGUCUGGGCGCCGGUGACGCCGGCCUCCAACGGACUGCGCCGGCCCGGCCACCUGAGCCUGACCCAGCUGAGCGGCGACGAGCCGGGCAGUCCGCCCACCUCGCCGCCGGGCACCGUCUCCAUCUACGUGUCCGGGUCCGGCGGCUCCGGCCGCCGCUCGCCGUCGGGUUCGCUGGGUAGCUCGUCUCGCCUCUCCCUGCGCUGGUCGGGCUCGUCAGUGACCAGCUCGCUGGAGCGUUCCGGGCCGCGCAGUCGGGUGUCGGUCUCGCCGGCCGGCGCGACUCUGGUCACCAUCGGGCCGGCCGGGACGGACAGUCCGCCGCCGGCGCGUCGUGUCCGCCGGGUGCCCAUCCUUCUAGAGGCGUCCGGCGUUGAGCUGAGAUAGGCCGGCCGGCGCGCCCGUCUCUGUGAUACGCCGCGGCAGGUGUCGGAGCGUCCACCGCCGGCGUGGGACCCACCGCGCCGCGUGCAGGGCGCCCUGGACAGCAGGGCUCGUCUGAGUACAAAGUGAUAUUAGCGUUACCGCCCCGGGCGUGUGUGUGGACAUCUGUGAUGUCGGCUGGGAAGCGUGGUUGUGUGUCAGGAUUGCAGAGUGGACUGGGUGGCAGUGCCCGCUGUUUAUGAACGGGCCAUUGGCCUGCCGUCGAUGAACGGGCUAGUGUCUGUUGUUUCUGCUGCGUCCGCGACCGUCGGACACGAUCGGUGGUCAGUUGUCGCUCAAGACUCUCAUCGGUACCGGUGACAUUGUUUUCAGGGCUAUAUUUGAUUAUCUGUGUGCUUUUCGCAUCGUUUUCCGCUUGUGCACUUUCCAUAUUCCGUCAUGAGGUCUCAAAUGAGUGUAUCCUUGUCCAUAAUAAUCAUACUACCAAGCUCGUAUUUAUUGAUCCAUAUAUCCUGUUAUCGCUUGCCCGCUCUGUCCUGACGGCUGUGCCGUCCCGUGCCGCGCGUCCCGCGCUCUGUUGUCGCCCGGGCCGCCGUCGGACCCUAGCGUCAUCUGGCGCCGCCGCGGCAGACCGCACGGGACCACCCGACGGAGGUCCGGUCCGGGCCCGUGGCGCCACCUCUGCGGCCGCCCGUCCUGUUAUCACUGGCUCUGGGAGCCGGGUAAGCAACCCCUUCCUCCUGUAAUCGCUCAGUGAACAAAGGGUGCGUUAUGUUCGCAGCAGCUGACAGUCAUGGCGGACAUGCAGCUUGUUAUUGGGUGAAAUUAGUCAGUUGCGUCGAUGAAUUACGCACAAUGAUUAUCGAGAUAUGUUAUUUUUGUAUAUUAUUUUAUAGAGCGACCUGCGCGGAUAUCCAUCGGUUGGCCGGACACCUGGUGGCCCAGCAUGCCAUUGACACUCGCGUUAUGUGUCAUUAUAAUGCAAUCAAUAUAAAUGUUCCUGCGAAGCUUUACUUCA